GGUUACGCGCCCAUUUGCUGUGGGUACGAGGAUUUCUACUGGCGCCGCGUCCACCUCCGCAUGCAGGACUGCUUCGAUCGCCCCGUUGCUAGUGCGCCAGAUGCUUGGCUGGAUCUAGUCGAGCGUAACUCAAAUGACUGUAACAAGACACUCCAACAUAGCGCGGAAACGUCCAGGUGUCUUAACUUGGGUUCCUACAACUACCUUGGUUUUGCUGCAGCAGAUGAGUACUGCACCCCACGUGUGAUCGAGUCGCUCAAAAAUUACUCUGCCAGUACUUGCAGUGCUCGAGUUGAUGGAG